UUUCUUUUGAACUUGGUCUAUUCCUUGGGUACCUAGAAAGGUGCUUGAAAGCACCAAGAGUGGGUUGCACAAGUGGUUUUGGGGGAAGAGAGCAUGCCACCUCUCCAGAGUCAAAUGUGGCAUUGUACAGUUCAUGCAAAAUGGGAGCUUACCGUCUCAGAGGGUGGAGAAAUUCAUAAAGCUUCCAUGUAGGUGGCAGUGUCUUUCUUCAGACUGUGCAAUCCCCAUAGCCUACCUGCCAUGCUAUCUAAUCCAUGGCAGCUCUCGAUGUUGCAGAAAAUGAAAGAGUGCUUGAACUGUUGUUUCUCCUUCUGCCACUUUUUCAAAACUUGCCUGUGUCCUGGAAAGCAGUGGUAUUUUGCGCCUGCAGUUUCAUUUUCACACUUCUUUCCAGAAGGUAUUGAGGAGGCUGCCCAGUCUACACAGCAAAGGCAGUACUAAGCAUUGUCCCUCAGUAAGGCCAGGGACAUGGUUUAAAAAGCAGCCGUGGAGAGUCAUGUGUGCUUUAGUGCUCCAUACAGACCUGUUACUAAGACACUUUGAGGAGAGUUGUCAAAGCAAUGGGACUCUGGUUGUGGUUCUAAAUGUUGAGUACAUUUUGCUUGUGCAAAGGUCACAGGUUCAGCUGUAUGGAUUCUUGCCAUUGUUAGGAGCUUGGAGGUGUUUUGUUUUGCAUUUUUUUAACCAAUCUCUUGGUAGGCAGCUGCAGUGGCAUUGCUGUUCUCCUCCCUGAAGGGAGGGUGCAGUGCAUGCGCAUUUUGGCAAAGCUGGAGUCAGUGUGCUCACUUUCUUGCUCACUGAACUUGGGUAAAAAUCAACGGACUGUGAGAAAAUUGUCCAGUGACCUUCUACAAGAGUGAGUCGAGUCAUUCUGUUCUAAACAGUUUAGGACUGGACCCUGUAGAGAGCUUAAAAGCCUGUGUUUGCCACUACUCAAUAAAGUGCUGAAGCACAGGUGUUAAGUGUUACUGAAGUCAGCUGCUCUUAAGCAUAUGUCUUAUGUUGUAUGCCACGCUGGAGAAUUAGCCAUCUGACCUGUAAGCGCAGUUACUUCCAGGGCAGUAUGGGCAGUAAAGUCAGUUGCUGUGCAUUAAGGCCUAACCAGUUGCCAGCUGGAAUCGGGAAGAAGCUUCUUGUUUGAUGUAAUGUCUUGCAGAGUUAGCAGCUCGUAACGUUGGCAGAGGGGAGUGUUAGUUGCUUUCAAAGUGCUUUGUAGGCCUGUGUACUUGCUGCCAGGCAUUUUGGUAGAAGAACUGUUACUCCACUUCUUUGGAUUUAGAAAUCUAACUUUCUGGGUGGGCGGGAGGCAGGAAGAAAGCUGCUGGUUUCAGUGUUCAUUGCAUAUCAUGCACCUGAUCUUUUCUUCUUUCCGCAGAACUACAUGGAAGGGGCUGUCAGCCCGUCAGUGGUGGAGGUUUUCAUCUCAACACUUAAUACCCUCUUUACAGUGCUGCCAAACAUGCAGAAUAAGUUCUCCAAAAAGCUGGCAUCCUCCUCCUUCAUCCGACUGACACUGGAGCUGAAGGCCAGAUUUUGCUCUGUACAAAGUAAUCCUGCCUUGAAUCAGGCUUGUUCCAGCUUCCUCUGCAGCUUGUGCCUGAGCCUUUACUCUGCCACAGAGGAGAGAACUUCUUCUCAGGACGGCAAGUUUGGGGAAAGACACAAAUUGCUUCAUUUAGUUUGAGGCCCUGCUACCCUCUAUUUAGGCAAUAGGUGUAAUAACAACAACAACAAUAAUAAUAAUAAAAAAUACAAAGGAGGAGGGAAGGGAGGACACAUAUAAGCUCUAUUUAGAGAUACUUUUUUUUUCCCCCAGCUUUUUUUUUAAGCUGGUCCAGCAAGGGGAUAACAGUCAGAGAACACCUUUUGAAGAGUUUGGAACCCUACCUGAAAGAAUGCGUUUCAUCUGCCUAUGGUUUUGUUUUCAUGAUGACGUUUAUUAGCACAACUGUGCAUGGCUUAAUUGAAACAAUAUUACUUGCCACAUAGUCACCCAUAUCUGCAGAUUAAGGUCAUUUUUUCCUCUGGUAUACUCUGUAAAGCUUUUCCUGUCUAUACGGUAACUUUCUGUAACAGGUAAGUCCCAAAUAAAUGAGAUGAAAGUUUCCACAUCACAAAAGCCACUUUUCCCACAGGCAGUGGUUGGUCACCAUACAGGCAGCAUCAGCAAAGAGCUGGGCACCUCAAACAGAAGUGUCUUUUCAUCCUCAAAGCCAGCUCCAUUAAAUCGGGUCUCACACCUCUAUUCAUGCCAAAUCAUAGAAGUGUGCUUGCUGUAUGCAGGCUGUGGGGUAGUAGGUUGGCUUUGAUAUUUCUUACAUCAGGAGCUUCCCUAAUUUAACGUGCUUGAGUUAGGGCAGGCAGAUGCUUCCAUCCCCCUAUGCCACUCUGCUUCAUCGCAGACAUUCCUCAUCACUGCCUGCCUGCUCAUAUUAGUUUUAU